AUGGCCGCCUUGAAAGCCUCGAAGAAACGCAAGGCCGUUACCCGCGAUGUGGAAGAAGAGACAGGUGUCUUUUCUGGUGACGAGCUGAAUGGUGGCGACUUGGAUGGUGCACUUUCAGACACUGCACACGACCUUUCUAGUGAUGAGGAUGAUAGCAAUUCCGAAAUCGAAUUGGUCGAUGAUUUCAGCGACAGUGAAGAUGAUGAAGAAGAGCUCGACAGCGACGAGAUUCCGUCGGAUGGAGAAGAUGAGGGCGUCACCAAGACGAAGUCAGGCACCGCAGUCGACUUGAAAGGAUUCUCCCAGGACGACGAGAGUUCCAGCAAAGAGGAGGAGCAAUUGAACUAUCGCAUUGAGAAGGAUGCCAAUGGGAAUGACCGUUACAUUUACGACGAAAUCAAUCCUGACGACAAUUCCGACUAUUCUGAUAUCGACGAGAACGCAAACACCAUUGGCAAUAUCCCACUGACUUUCUACGACCAAUAUCCUCAUAUCGGGUAUGACAUUAACGGCAAGAAAAUUAUGCGCCCCGCGAAAGGCGAAGCUCUCGAUGCCCUACUAGACAGCAUUGAAAUUCCCAAGGGCUGGACAGGUCUUACUGACCCUUCGACCGGUAAACCGUUAGAACUGAGCCAAGAUGAGCUGGAACUUCUGCGCAAAGUGCAGAUGAACGAGAUCCCGGAGGAUGGUUACAACCCAUAUGAGCCUCUCCUCGAAUGGUUCACAACCGAGAAGGAAAUCAUGCCUCUCAGCGCCGCACCGGAACCGAAGCGUCGAUUCGUCCCCUCGAAGCACGAAGCUAAGCGAGUUAUGAAGAUUGUCAAGGCAAUCCGGGAGGGGCGUAUCCUUCCAUUCAAGCCACCAACCGAGGAGGACGAGGAAGAUAAAGAUCUAAUAAAGUAUGAUCUGUGGGCCGACGAAGCAGAGCGACCUGAUCAUCCCAUGCAUAUCCCUGCCCCCAAGCUGCCUCCGCCAGGCUACGAGGAGAGCUACCACCCACCGCCUGAGUACCUGCCUGAUAAGAAGGAGCGCAAGGCCUGGGAGGAGGCCGAUCCCGAGGAUAGAGAGCAAGAAUUCUUACCUCAGGACUUUGGCUCUCUUCGCAAGGUUCCUGGUUACGAGACUUUUGUCAAGGAAAAAUUCGAGAGAUGUCUGGACCUCUACCUGGCACCUCGCGUUCGAAGGAGCAAGCUGAACAUUGACCCCGAGAGCCUGCUUCCCAAGCUUCCUAGCCCGGAGGAGCUGAAACCGUUCCCAACCGCAUGUGCCGCUGUUUUCAGAGGACACAAGGGCCGUGUUCGCAGCCUUGCCGUUGACCCUAUGGGUAUCUGGCUUGCCACUGGUGGAGACGACGGCACUGUUCGUGUCUGGGAGUUGCUCACCGGCCGUCAGCUAUGGAGCGUUAAGCUGGCUGAUGACGAACCAGUGAACGUUGUUCGCUGGCGCCCGGGUAAGGAUGCCGUUGUCCUCGCGGCUGCUGCAGGCGACGACCUCUUUCUCGCGGUUCCCCCCAUUGCAGACCCUGAAACCGAGCAAGCCAGCUUAGACCUUCUCGACGCUGGUUGGGGUUACGCAGCUUCCAAGCCUGCCUCAAGGGCUGUAGACGAGGAAAAGAAGAGCACCCCCCCUCAAUGGAUUCGACCUUCAGCAGCCCUCGCGGACUCUGGCGUAUGCGCUGUCAUUCCUCUCCGCUAUAUUGCCAAAUCGAUCUCAUGGCACCGCCGCGGAGACUACUUCGUGACUGUGUGCUCUGGCGCCUCGACACCGGCUUCGGUAGCUAUCGCAAUUCACACCGUCUCCAAACACCUCACUCAGUACCCCUUCCGCCGACGCAUCAAGGGAGGCGGUCCUCCACAGACAGCCCACUUCCACCCCUCCAAGCCUAUUCUCUUCGUCGCCAACCAACGGACAAUCCGUGCCUACGACCUCUCCCGUCAACUCCUUGUCAAGAUCGUUCAACCCGGUGCCCGCUGGAUUUCCUCCUUCGACAUCCACCCGACUUCCUCGACAGCAGCAGGCGGUGACAACAUUAUUGUUGGUUCCUACGACCGACGCCUGCUAUGGCACGAUCUUGAGCUUUCACAACGCCCCUACAAGACUCUCCGCUACCACCGCAAGGCCAUCCGUGCCGUCAAGUUCCACCCUGGUGGCCGCUAUCCGCUUUUCGCCGACGCCAGUGACGACGGCUCUCUCCAGAUUUUCCACGGAAAUGUCACCGGCGACAUGCUUAGCAAUGCCACCAUCGUUCCGCUCAAGGUUCUCAAGGGUCACAAGAUCACCGGCGAACUUGGUGUUCUGGAUAUUGACUGGCAUCCUCGGGAGGCUUGGUGUGUUAGUGCAGGCGCGGAUGGAACGUGCCGUUUGUGGAUGUAA